AUUGCUUCUUCUUCUUCUUCUUCUUCGUCUUUCAAGAUCAGGCAUCCUUCUUCAAGAUUGAGCCUGUGACAAGAAAGAUCCACAUUUUCUUCUCUUCUUUGCUUUCUUCAAGUUUGAUUCUCUCAUUCCUUCCAAGUUCCAACGUUCUUUCCUUUUUUUCUUUUUUUUUUUGCUCUGUUUUUUCCCCUGCUUCUGCACUUGCUGUGUUUCCUUUUGCAAAUGGAAACAACUUCAUCUAGGUCUAGUAAUAAGAAAGAUCUCGGUUGGAAAUAUAAUUCUUUGAAGGAUCCUAGUAAACCCAAUUAUGUUACCUGCAAUUUUUGUAAUAAAACAACUAUUGGGGGAAUCAAUCGAGCAAAGAAACAUCAGAUGGGGCGUUUGGGUAAUGCUAUAGUUUGUCCAAAAGUCUCACAAGAGGUUAAGGAAGAGCUGUGGAAUUAUUACAACUCAAAAAUCCACAGGUUCUUUUCAGAUGUUUAAUUGUUUAGAAGAUUGUAGAAUCGGUGAUGAUGAUUUGGAUGAGGUUGAAUUAGUUGAGUUUAAUGCAAGUGGUAAACGGUUGUUGACUGCAAAAUCUGGGGCUGGAAUGCAGGGUAGUGGGAAGAAAACCAAAGGCCUGAUGGAUUUGUUUUUGAUGAAACCAGAAACUAUAGUUCAAAAAAGAAAAGAAAGCAAAAUGAGGCAAAUGAGUAUAAAAGAUAGUGAUCCAGAAGCAAGAGCUAGGACAGUCCAGUAUAUAGCUAGAUUUUUUUAUCAAGCUGGGAUCCCAUUUAGUGUAGCACGUUUAGAUAGCUUCAAAUAUAUGGUAGAAGCUAUUGGGAGGUAUGGUCCAAAUUUAAAGCCUCCUAGCUAUCAUGAGUUGCGGGUUCCAUUGUUGAAAAAGGAAUUGCAGCUUACAAAUGAUAUGCUAGAGGAUCGCAAGAAGAAAUGGGCAAAGGUUCACAAGCAAAAGCUUAACCUUAGAAAGAUGUUCACAUCAGAUGAGUGGAUGAAAAGCAAGUUUUACAAAGAAGUUAAGGGUAAGAGGGCUACUGAUGUUAUCUUGAUGCCUUCUUUUUGGAAUGAGAUUGUGUAUGCCCUUAAAGUUAUGGGUCCUUUAGUGGGUGUUCUUCGCCUAGUUGAUAAUGAAAAAAAACCAGCAAUGGGUUAUAUCUAUGAAGCAAUGGAUAGGGCCAAGGAAGCCAUUCAAAAGGCCUUUGAUGGGAAUGAAGAAAAGUAUAAGAAUGUAUUUUCUCUUAUAGAUAAGAGAUGGGAGAAUCAGCUUCAUCAUCCUUUGCAUGCUGCUGGUCAUUUUUUGAACCCUCAAUUCUUUUAUAAUGACCCAAGCAUUGCAACAAAUAAAGAGAUUGUGAAGGGCUUAUAUGAUUGUAUUGAAAAGUUAAUUCCAAAUCAUGAUGAUCAAGACAAAAUCAUAGAUCAAUUGCACUUGUACAAAGAAGCUGAGGGAAUGUUUGCUGAUCCCAUGGCAGUACGGUCCAGGAGCAAAAGAGCACCUGCUCAAUGGUGGAGUUCGUAUGGAAUGGAAACUCUAGAGUUGAUGAGCUUGGCCAUUCGAAUUUUGAGUUUAACUUGUAGUGCUGCUGGUUGUGAGAGAAACUGGAGUGUUUUUGACAAGGAUGAAAUUGAUCCAAUCUCCCUUGACUAUAUUGAUGAUAGUAAUGAAUGGUUGAUUGGAAAAAUGGGUGGUGACCAAGAUGAUGCUGAAAAUGAACUUGUUUUUGGUGAUGAUGACUUGACUUGGGGAGAGGUAGCUAGAGCUUCUGAAAUUGAAGAAGAAGAGGUUGAUACAGAGAAAUCAGAGGAAGAGAUUGAGGAUUAUCACUCAAGUGAUGGAGAUGACAGCAGUGAUGAUGAUGAGAUGAAUGUAGUUGAUGAGGAUGACAUAGAUGCAGAUGAUUUAUCUUAGGUUUUGGAAUGAUAUUAUGCUGUUUUUGACUUUCUGCACUAUUUUAAUUUUUGACUAUUAUGCUUACAUGCACUGCUAGUUUUCUGUUCUGAUAAUUGAUGUUAUGAACUUUAAAAUCUGUUUUAUUAAUAUAUCAUGUUUUGAGUA